ACCACCACCACCCCCCCCACCACCCUUCGCCAGGUGAGUGACGUGAGUGGUGCUGCCCUGCGAUGCGAGUUAAAGGGGUGAAGGCGCAGCCCCUGCAAGUGCUCACUCACGCCUGUGCUGGUGCGUGUGAGGCCAGGGCCUCGUGAGUGCCGCAUUGCUGUAGGAUUUCUCGGGAGAGGAAAGAACCUCAAGCCCCCCUCCCCCCUGUGAGAGAAUUUUUAAUGAUUCUCUGCUCGCUGAUUUUAAUUAUUUUUUUUUACAGCAGAUUGCUCCCAAAGCGUUUUUGUUCAAUAAUUCCCCGCCUUGAAGGCGUUUCCCUGAGACUUGUCGUCACGUGGGGGGUUUCCUCCCCACAGCUAGCUGCCUUCUCACCUUGGUUAUUUUUGUUACCACCUUUUUGGUUUUUUUUUGGCUCACGCGUGUGGGCGCAGGUUUGGCUUAAGGGACGCCCAGGAGGGAGCGGAACGUUCGUUCGUGUCGGCAAGAGCCGCGUCCGACAAACCGACCGGCUGGUCACGGACCCUCACGGUCCCUUGUCGUCGGGCGGCGUUGCCCGGAACGGAGGAUAGGACGCCCUGGACGAGGCGAUAGCGGUGAAAUACACGUGCGGUUUCAUCCUUCUCCCCCCCCCACCCACCCCUCAAUUCGGCGGUCCGCCUCUACGCCAGGAUAUGGCGUGCGCGGUGGCCGUCCCGCCGCCGGAGCCGAUCGGGGACUUCCCGGCGUGGCUGGAGGCGCAGGGCGUGAACGCCGAGGUGGCCCGGGCCAUGGACUCGGAGCUGGGCAUCCGGGACUACGGGGUCCUGCGCGCCUGCGUCGGGGACGGCCUCGUGCGGGCCGAGCUGCUGGCCGCGGCGCGCGACCGCCUGCCCUUCGGCUUCUACGCCGUGCUGCGGCAGGUGGUGAAGGCCCUGCGGGGCGCCGAGCGCCGAGACGACGCCGGGACGCCGCGCUGGGACGAAGACGACGCCGCCGCGACCUCCCCCUGUGGCGACGUGACGCUGGCAGGCCUGGUGGAGGUGCUGCUCGCGCUGUUCGGCGGCCUGAGCCGGGAGCUGCUGCUGUCCGCGCGGAGGCUGGGAGACGCCGACGGUCGGAAAUAUACGGCGGCUUCUCCCUCGUCCGUGGGUGCGCCCGGCACGGAAAACUUUACGGCGGCGGUGGAAGCGGAUGGAGUUGCGGAGGACGGCAACGAGCGCCCGUGCGAUGAGAAGACCUCGGAUAUGGCCUCCAGCCCCAGCUACUUCUUCCCAAGCCGGAUUAAAGUGGAAUCUCCUCCUCCUCAUCCUCCUCAUGGUGGUGGUGGCGAUGAUGAUAGAAUCGCCGCAGGGCCUUCAGAGCCGGCCUGCCGUGCCGUGGCCUCCCGAGCGCACGCGGCGGCCCAGCGGUCGAGGGUCACCGCCUGGGGCCCGCGGAACGGUGGCGCCGGUGAGCAGCAGCAGCAGGAGGAGGCCGAGGAGGAGGCCGAGGAGGAGGAGGAGGCCGCAGGAUCGUCGACAACGUCGGCCUUCCCGCUCCCUCUCGGCUUUGGCCCUUCAGGACUGGGGCCUCUGAAACUGGGACCUUUGGGAAUGGGAUCUGCAGAUCUGGGACCUUCAGGAAUGGGACCCUCUGGACUGAGACAUUCAGGACUGGGAACUUUAGGAAUGGGACCUUCAAGACUGGGACCUUUGGGACUGAGAACUUCAGGACUGGGAUAUUCAGAACUGGGACCUUCAGGAAUGGCACCUUCAAGAUUGGGACCUUUAGGAAUUGGACCUUCGGGACUGAGACCUUCAGGACUGGGAUAUUCAGAACUGGGAUAUUCAGAACUGGGCCCUUCAGGACUGAGACCUUCACAAUCGAGGCCUUCAGGACUGGAACCUUCAGGACUGGAACCUCCAGCACUGGGAUAUUCAGAACUGGGACCUUCAGGACUGGGACCUUCGGCGCCGGCGCCCACGGCGCCGGGACCUUCGCGAUGGGCACCUUCGAACCGCGGCAAGAGGCCCCCCCUGUCGUGCGCGGUGUGCGAGCGCACGUUCCUGCUCAAGACCAACCUGACGGUCCACCUGCGCACGCACACGGGCGAGCGGCCCUUCCACUGCACGGCGUGCGACCAGAGGUUCGCCCACGUCAGCAACCUCAAGCGUCACCGGCGCAAGCACCACGACGCGUGAGGGCACCCGGGAACGUCAUCUUCCCUCGUCGCCUGGUUACGCGGGGGGCCGUGGGUUCGAUCCUGUCCCUGACGACGCCUGCUGCUGCUGCUGCUGUAUGUUUGGAGUUUGAGGUGUCUCUCUCACUCUCAUCAUCAUCAUC